AUGACGAGCAUACGCUCGCCGGCUGGGAUUUCCCACACCGUCAUCGACGGUCGAGCACAAACAACUACCACCGCAAACAGCGAAGCAAAGCAAAACAUGUUCAAUCGAAACACCCACCAAUCAGGCCCAACCUUGCAACAUCCCAAACCAGUCCCACCACCAUUCAAUCUGCCAGCCUCACCACCCAUACCUGACAGUCAAACAUUCACCAGCACUCAGAACAACCCAUACGGCCACCCGACAAACGAUCGUAUCAGAACGAGCACGGCCUCUUCAUCAGACUACCAACGAUUCAGCUCACCCCCAGCUACUUCAAAUGAACUCGAUCAGCCAUUCUUUCAAAGCCCAUCUCAAGUUCCACCGAAUAACUUCAACCAGUUCCAAAACUCUCCGCCCAAUCCACACCACCAUCCCCUCCAGCACCAGCAACAACAGAACGUAUGGCCAAACCCAAAUCCUAUCGGAAUCGGACCUUCUAAUAACUUCUCAAACCCGUUCGGAGUUAACGAUAUGACCGCCCAAAUGGGCAUGCAAUUUGGGCAAUCCGCCAUGAAAGCAGGCUCAGAAUACGUGGAAAAAAACUUAACCAGAUAUUUGCCCUUAACUCAUCUAAAGCAUUCAUUCAAUGUCUCGAACCUGUACGUGUUCAACAAGAUCAAGCUGAUCCUAUUCCCAUGGAGGCAUAAACCAUGGUCGAGGUUGGUCCAACGGUCUGAAGUGUCUGGACAAAUCGAAGGCUACCAGCCUCCGCGGGAAGACAUCAAUUGUCCAGAUGCUUAUAUUCCUGUAAUGGCCCUCAUGACUUAUAUUCUCUUAUCUGGAGCCGUCGCUGGCUCAAAGGGAAGAUUCGAUCCCGAGCUACUAUCUAUUGCUGCAUCUCAAGCAUUGGGGAUAAUCUUUUUGGAAUUUUGUUGUAUAAAACUGGGGUGUUACCUAUUGAAUAUUCAAGGAGAUGGGGCGGUGAUAGACUUGGUAGCUUACUCGGGAUAUAAAUUUGUUGGGAUUAUCGUUAGCCUGUUGGCCAGUUUAGCUGGCUUGAGGUCUUCGAUUUGCUGGGCGAUAUUUGUUUAUGUAUUUGCAGCCAACGCGUUUUUUCUGUUGAGAUCAUUGAGAUAUGUGAUCUUACCAGACCCAAGUGGCCAAAGCUUUGGAUCGGCUACGACUUCAACCGUCAAUUCGACCCAAAAAUCUAGACGGAUUCAAUUCUUAUUUGCUAUUUCUGUUAGUCAAUUAGCAUCUAUGUGGCUGUUGAGCAGAGUGUAA